AUGGACGAUAAGGACACUCCCUCCGCCUCUGCCUCCGCCUCCUUCCCAACCUCCUCCCCCUCGGAGUUGGAGCCUCCGGAAUGGCUGCAGCGCACGACUCUGCUGCUGGGGCGCAGCGGUGUCGCUGCGUUGCACGACACCCGCGUGCUGCUGGUGGGGCUGGGUGGUGUGGGGUCGUACGUGGCGGAGUUCCUGGUUCGCGCGGGGGUGGGGUCGCUGGCGAUUGUGGAUGGCGACGUGGUGGAUGUGACCAACAAGAACCGGCAGCUGCCAGCCCUGGACUCCACCAUCGGUCUGCCCAAGUCCCAGGUCAUGUCACAACGACUGCUGGAUAUCAAUCCCCACCUCAAUCUGGUAGUACGACAGGAGUUUCUAACUCCGGACACCGCGGGUGAUGUGUUUCUGGAUGAAGUGGCGGAGGAGCUGGACCGGGGAGCUCCCCCCAAGUUGGCGCUUCUGGCGGCCGCCACCCGGCGGGGGGGCGUCCGGGUGGUGUCGUCUAUGGGGGCAGGGGGCCGAAUGGAUCCGCUUGCCGUACGAAUCGUUGAUAUUUCGGAGACGUACGGCGAUCCCUUCGCGGCCGCCUGCCGCCGUGGCCUUCGCCGCCAGUACGGCAUCCACAACGGCGUCACUGUGGUGUUCUCUACGGAGCCGUGCCGCAGUACGAGCAUGGCGCUGGCGUCAGCUGCGCGGUACAAGCGGUCGUACUACGGUACGAUCUCCUUCAUCCCUGCCCUCUUCGGCCUCACCAUCGCCGCCCACAUCGUGAAUGCGGUCACUGACGGACCCAUGGUGGCGGCGGCGGAGGAGCAGCGCAAGAACGUACGACGCAUGCGGGAGGCAGCAACGGGAGGCAAAGGCACCGCUGCCGCUGCCGCUGCCGCCGUCGGCGGCGGCGGUGGCGGCGGUGGCGGCCCCACUCGCGCCCGCGGUCGCCUGAGCAGCUCCAGGACCGUUGCGGGGUUGUCGACCCCCCGCAACGGCGCCACCAAGGAUGCCAACCAGCAGCAAGAGCCACAUCUGCUGCCGCUUAACUUGUCGCUGCAGUCACCGCACCCGCCGCCCCCGCAGCAGCAGCAGCAGCAGCCGCCGCCGCCGCCGUCGCUGUCAGCCAUGAACGAAUCGGAGCCGCCGCAAUGCGGUACGGGGUGCGGCAGCGGGUCCCCGGCAGGUUGGGGUGGACUCCAGGGGAGGCCGCUGGCGGAGGCCGUCCAGAGGGGCAGCGGCUUCGAGGGCGCCGACAUCUGA